UAAGAGCCCGCGUUCGUUAAGACCUUUCGGUGCUAAAUAUAGUCUCGUGUGAGUACCUUGCGUGCUGCAUCAGAGACAAUGGCUGCGUCUCCUCCAGGUGACUCACGAGAGACAAUUAGCCACCUCUGUGAUUUUGCCUGUUAUAAAUCACAACCCAUGCAUUUUCCUAUGUCGAGAGACGUGUGUGUGUGCGUGUGCGUGUGCGUGUGUGUGUGUGUGUGGUAGAGGAACCAGGUGAUUUGCAUAACAGACAGUAUCUCUCUGAACAACGCCGACAGCGGGCCGUGACAAGGCUUAACGGUGCUGCUGCUGUUGGUUUUGACGGAGGGCUGUUGACAGCGGGCCGGCCAAUAGGAGGCCUGCAGGGGCAAGGCGUGAGGAAGGCAAGGAUUCGAGAAAAAUAUUCAAAUUAAAAAUCAUCAAUGACAAAAAGAUGAGCCAGUCUACAAACAAGUCUAGAUUUACACAAAGCGAGACAUUGUUUUGCUGUUUGGCUAAACUUGAAUAUGAAACAUAUUUGAAAGACCCAUUAGAUGACUAAUUAACUAAUAAAGAAAGUUAAAUGUUGAAUGAUAGCUGUGACUCAUUAAAAAUGACAUGGUUAAAUAGAACAUAUAUUCAUUUGUGUAUUUAAUACAGGAAAAUUGUAUUCCAUAGGAAGGUUCAGGUGUCAGUUUGAACAUUGACAGAUGAGUUGUAUGCCAACCGUUCUUGUUAAAUGUUAAAUGAGGCUUUAGGGUGAAAACCUCAAAGUGGAACUGGUUCUACUCCAUGAACACGGCAGUUGACCUGAAUAAAUAAUCGUUUAUGUUUGCUGAUUUGAAGUUGUUGCUUUGACGUGCUAAACCAUUAGCCCCGUACACAGUCAAGCUUUUGUUGUUUGAUUUUAGGUGGAAUCCAACCAUCAUCUACCAAUCAUUUUUGGUGACUAUGUUGCAGAAUGUUACAGAAGUCACCCUGCUUCACUCGCCACAAUUUCUGAGAAAGACAUUUUCUUAUGGGUCAUGAACCUAAUUUGUGAGAAACACAGCCUACUUCUGCCUUUGAAUAUAAAAAGGUCUACUUAUUCCUUCCUACUUUGUUAAAAUUAAGGGGUUAAGGUGAAAACUAGGAGCAAUUGGUAUUAGCUGUAAUAAAGUGGGGAAAAAGCUUGGUCUAAACUUGACCCUUAUUAGGCAGAGUAGGCCUAAUUGAGCCGUUACAUGAACCUAAAACAAUUAAGGAUUGUUGUUAUAUAACCUCGCAGGGUUAUACACCACAACACUAGCCAUGUGAAUGGCCCACUUGUGUUCUCCCACAAGGCCUUUGUUGUGGGGGGCUAUAUGUGAAAGAUGCACCACCGCACAACCGUUUUCACAUUCUGUCCUCCGAAAAUGUACACUCCAGCCUGUCAAUUGCAACGGUUAUUUUUAAUACCUGGAUAACACGGAUAAAACAUUUUAAUUAGCUCUCAUAUUUAUUUUUCAAAACAUCCCCUGCUCGUCUCGACGCAAGCGCACAAUAAGCAGCGCACAAGCAAAUCAGCCACAGGCUAGACGGCUGACGUCAGAGCGCGACUGAACGCAGAGCCCGCGUGCAAUCCCAGCUUUUUUCCCCCCUUUUCCCCCUCUCGCGUCCGACGUCCCGUGCACAAUGAAUGCGCUCGUGCUCAGCGAUGCGUCUUGAAUAUAGACUCAGCAGCAGCAGAGUCUAUAUAUAUGCCUACAUUUGCUCGAGGAGCUGCGUUUGAGCCUGUGAGGGAGCGUUGUAGAGAGAGGGAGGGAGGGUGUGGAGGGGAGGGGAGAAAACACGGCCAUUCCCAUCCCUUCUCGCGAUAUGGGAAUGUAGUCCGGUGCCUUGAUAACGUCGGCGGAUUCUGUGCCUCAUAAAGAGACCUUCCGAGAUGCACCGUGGGCUCAUCGCUGCCGCCGCCAACAGCAGCAGCAGCAGCCCUACAAGGAGGAGCCCCGUAUCUGAUUGCGGACCGGUUCCGCCGCUAUGGUGUUCAGACGGAGAACAAGAAACAUGCUAUUAAAUGGCUGCUCCUCUUUCCUCCACCCUCCCCCUGUUCGUGGCACAUCUCUGCCCUGCCAGGAGGAUGUGCGGGCUGGGCUGCUACCGGCCAGGGCCCCUGUGGCUGUGGAAAGCCCUCCUGGUGUUUGUUGCCAUCGCCUUCGCCGGGCAACUCAUGGGUCUCAUUUUCAACAAGAGCGGCGCCCAGCCGGCGACGCGCCUGCUGUUCUACGCCUCGGACGUCCAGGGGCCCCCGCUGGGCUCGUGCCGGCCCCACACCCGCCUCAUGUUCCUGAAGACCCACAAGACGGCCAGCAGCACGGUCCUCAACAUGCUCUACCGCUUUGGCGAGGAGCGCGGCCUCCGCUUCGCCCUGCCCAUGGGCUACCAGCUGGGGUACCCCCUGCUGUUCAACGCCCACCGGGUCAAAGGUUACCAGGGGCCCCGAGUCCUGGACUUCGACAUCAUGGGAAACCACAUGAGGUUCAAUAAGCCUGAGGUAGAGAAGGUGAUGCCUGAGGACACCUUCUACUUCUCCAUCGUCCGGGACCCCGUGGCCCUGACGGAGUCCUCCUUCGCCUACUACAAGGAGGUGGCCCCGGCCUUCCGCAAGGCCAAGAGCCUGGGCGACUUCGCCGACAACCCCCGGCAGCACUACGACCCGCGCCUCCGCAACAACCACUACGCCCGCAACCUGCUGUGGUUCGACUUCGGCAUGGACCACAACGCCAACUUCUCGGAGGGCCUGGCCCUGCGCGGCGAGGCCCUGGUGCGGCGGGCCUUCCGGCUCAUCCUGGUGUCGGAGUACUACGACCAGUCCAUGGUGCUGCUGCGGCACGCCCUCUGCUGGCCGCUGGACGCCGUGGUGUCCUUCAGCCUCAACGCCCGCCAGCAGAAGCCGCCGGGCGGGGCCGGCGGCGGCGGCGAGAGCUGGAUGGACAAGGCGGCGGCGGCGGCGGUGGCGGCGGCGGUGGGCGUGCGGGGCGGGCGGCCGCCGAUGCGGGCGCCGCCCGACCUGUCGCUGACGCCGGCGCAGCGCGAGAAGCUGCGGGAGUGGAACGCGCUGGACUGGCACCUGUACCAGGCCUUCAACCGCAGCUUCUGGGAGGACGUGCGGCGCUUCGGGCCGGAGCGCAUGGACCAGGAGGUGGCGCUGCUGCGGGCGCGGCGGGACCAGCUGGCCCGCGUCUGCCUGCGCAACGGCGGGAGGCCCGUGGAGGCGCAGCGCAUCAGGGACAAGGGCAUCCGGCCCUUCCAGAGCGGCGUGGUGAAGAUCCUGGGCUACGAGCUGCAGCCGGGCCUGGACAACGGCACCACCGAGGCCUGCCUGCGCCUCAUCCGGCCGGAGAUCCAGUACAAGGACGUGCUGGACGCCAAGCAGUUCCCCCGGCCGCAGUUCGUCAAGGGGCCCCCGGGCCAGCGGCCCCGGGGCCCGGCGAUGGCGGUCGGCGGGGGCUACGUGGGAGGGCGCCCCUUGUGGAACAGAGAGAGACUCCCCCAAGGAGCGGGAGAGGGGGCAGGGCCCCGGGGGGGCUGGACUAUGGCGGCGGCGGAGAGGGAGUGGUUGGCGAGGCAAAACCAGACUUCGCUCCUACGAGCCGACGCCAAAGGGAGACUGAGAUAGUGUGGGGAAUGGGGGGGCGGGGGGGGGGACCCCACGAGGCCCACGCUAGUUCAACUCCACCUUGCGCUGCUCUACCAGGACCUACCCUGCCGUACCUUACCGUAUGCCUUUUAACUGGACCAACUGAAAAGGAUUGCUUCUCCAUUUGUUGUAUUUUAAUGCGUUUGUCAUUAAGAUGGGGGGAAAGUUCCCGGUACGAUUCCAUUGCUGUGAAAGGGGUAUGGCAUUCCAGACUUCAGCAGACAGCUGAUUUGUGUCAUUUCCAUGGUAGAGAAUGUCUCAUAUUUCAAGUAGGUUUUCAAAUUGGUCCCAUUAACAUCAACAAAAUGGGAAACCCAGACCAAUAGUAUUCUCUGUAUUAUUAUUUUGCUGUUCAUUCGACUCACUCUGAGCCGAGUCUAAUGAAACCUCAGAACAAAUAGAUUCUUUAUUUAUUAGUUAUAUGGCACAGUGUGAAUCCUCAACCAUCCAGUCGCUUUCACGCGAUCGUUAAUAGAUAGUCCACGGCAUGAAAAGGUGCAACAACAACAACAAAAAAGCAUAUCGAAUUGGCUAAAUGAAGCGGGAAACGCAACCCUUACUAAGGACCAAGAUCGAGACUUUGAAUAUCUUAUACGGCUGGUCAAAAGAAAAGCGUUCAAGCUUUCAUGUGCAACAGCCCACUGCUGUUGGGACGUGUUAGCGGGCCGUGCUGAGGUCAAAUUUAGACGUGCGCUUGGCAACCCACGCUCAUGGAGGACGGAGAGCGUCGCGAUGUGGGAGAAUCGAUUGCGAUUUCUGAAGAGGCCGCAUGUCACAUUAAAAAAAAAAACAAUUUUCUCGGCAAGCAAAUGCGUUCUUGAGGGGGAGGCGCCCGGGUAUGUGGGAGAUGGCGUGUGUGUGUUUUUGCAACAGGACUACACUGUGGAUGAAUUCCUUUUUUAUGUAAUUAUAAUGAUCCGUCCAAAGUAUUUUCGAGGUAACAUAACAGCAGUUUUGCUGGGAGUUCCUAAUUUUGGGGAAUUGUUGCUGUGGGUUAUCGGUGCGGGGGAGACACGCUGUUGUUAAGAAACAGCUGGCCUUGUUCUCCUGUGCAUGUUAUUUUGUACCUGUGCACACUUGCAAAAAUCUCUCCUGCGUAUUAGCUGCCGCUCGUAGGCCUAUCACAUGGACGUGCAUAAACUCGCACACAAUGUGCAAUAAUGUGCGCACAUUCAUGCUAAUGCCUCAACAUUGACAGGCAUGGCUUUUGAUGUUGUUAAACCCAGUAGCCUACUAACGCACCUCCCACGACACUUGCAACGCGCACACUCGCACGCUUUCUUUGUGUCACUCAAAACAACAUUGGCGGAUACAACGGACUAAGCUGUCAACCAAUUGACCCUCAAAUCUGGCAAAGACUGCUUCUGGCCAAAAGAUACCCUAUCUUCUUUCCUAAGCUAAAUAGAUAAUGGUAAGAUAGAUAGUCCACUCCUUGUGAGAACACUGACCGCUAUGUAAGGACACCUGCUGGUAUUGCUUUGAAAUUACAUUUGCAUUUCCAUUUAUCUUAAUGUAACAACUUUUUUCCUUGUUUUAACUUGUUUUAACCUUGUUUUUAUUCUGAAAUGAACUAGUUGGAAAUAAGUAAUUGAUGGUGACUAUUGCUGUAGCUCUUCAAUAACUAUUGACUGAUAUAUCUAAUGAACAAGAAGAGUUUAAUUGUAAUGUGCUACACAUCUGGCAUUACUGCCUAAUUAUUAGUUCAGGGUUCAAAAGGAACCCUGGAUAGAUUUGACAAUUCAAAGAAAUUGUUUUCCAUGUUAGAGCAGUUGAUUGGCCGGUAAAUCCGGCAGGUAAAAAGACAACAUUGUUAGUGUCUUUAGCCCCUCCCUGAUCAUGUGACGAUCGAUGGGGAACGUCGUCAGUCCUCAGUGGUUUCAUUUUACAGUCAAUGGGGUGGUGUCAGGUUAGCUCAAUAUUACCAGCCAGCCUCUCGGACUCGUGUUCUCAAUCCACCCCCCCAGUGAAAAACAAUGUGCGCGAUUGUUGCUUUUUUUUUUAAUUGGAACCUGGCUAUGCUCUAGCUGAGUUUCGAAUUGGCAGUUGUUACAGAAAAGCGACUCAUUGUAGUUUGGUGUCUUUUUGGUUAAUCAUUGGCUAUCUCUUUGUCAUUUAACGGAUAGUUGCCGCUUUGUCAGAAAGGUAGCGACGACAGCAGCAUGAACAGAUUAAAGAAAGGUAUAGGAACAGAAGGAUCCUGAAUAUUGAGAAAGCAACCUGUUGAAAAAUUGUUCUGAACACAUGGAGAUGCGUUGCUGAAUGAUGGCCCAUUUCACUUGAUCGCACAGGGUUUAGUCUUAGUUUGCGUGUUCAAGAUCCCAUUCAUUCAUCCUGGGUUUUUAACUUUGAUUGUGGUACGACUUACAACACAGACAUAAUAAUAAUAUAAUAAUAAUAAUUCUAUGCUUUGCCUUUUCUGCUUACAAUGCAGUGUUUAUUUGUAUUGGAAGAUGGACUCAUGGUUAGCUCACGUUGAUUGAAUAUUCAGGUUUCAGCGUCUGUUUUUGACGGUGGUUUUUCUCUUAUAUUCUGGCUUAAGUCUCAUUGCAGAGGCGACUUUCCUUUUAAGUCAGAAGAAAACUGCUAAGUGAAUUGAAGGAUCAUUUUUAUGCCUCACAAUAGGGUCAACGGCAAAACCUUAGUUUCCGGUAUUUAUUAUUGUAAUUAACCUUUGUACAUAUAUUUAUUCUUUAAGGAAUAUGUCAUGUGUGGGCGUGACAGUGGUACGUGGUGGGUUGUGUUACGGUUCAAUGAAAUGCACAUUCAUUAUGUUAAUAAAAACAUUUUCCAGCAGUA